CCACCCUGCUUCUUCCAGCCCCACUGUGCCGGGAACUCUCAAGCUCUUGGUAUUGACACAACCUACUCAGCAUGGCAGAAGAGGAGGAAGUAACCUACGAGGAGGAGGAGGAAGAGGAGUAUGUGGAGGAAGAGGAAGAAGCAGCCCAGGAGGCCGAAGAGCCUGAGCCGGAGUCCCAGCCAGAGCCACCCAAACCCACACUCCCUCCCCCACCACCAGCCACCGUCCCACCCCUCCGGAGAAAGUCAUCCGCCAAUUACCGAGCCUAUGCCAUUGAGCCGCACAUUAAGAGAAAACCCAAGAUAACUGCCUCUCGCAAACUGCAGCUCAAGACGCUUAUGCUCCAGGUGGCAAAGCAGGAUCUGGAGCAGGAGGAGGGGGAGCGGGCCCAGGAGAAGGAGCGGUUCCUCUCUGAGCAUUGCCCCACCCUCGCCCUGGCUGGGCUGUCCCUGGCAGAGCUGCAGGGUCCCCUCUCUCACUGGCAGGGGCUGAACAACCUCCCACUGGUGCCCCAGGAGCUGUGCCGGGAGCUGCACGCCCGCGUGGACCGGGUGGAUGAGGAGCGCUAUGACACUGAGGUGCGCGUCAGCAAGAGCAUCAAUGAGAUCGAGGACCUGAACCAAAAGAUCUUUGACCUGCGGGGCAAGUUCAAGCGUCCGGCGUUACGGCGGGUCCGGAUCUCAGCUGAUGCCAUGAUGCAGGCGCUGCUGGGCUCCAAACACAAGGUGUCUCUGGACUUGCGGGCCAACCUCAAGCAGGUCAAGAAGGAUGACACCGAGAAGGAGAACCGGGAGGUGGGAGACUGGCGCAAGAACAUCGAUGCCCUGAGCGGCAUGGAGGGCAGGAAGAAGAAAUUCGAGACCUCUGGGGCAGGGCAGGCCUGAGCUGCAGACCCAGACUGCUCCUGAUGGGGGUGUAGACACUGCUGUAGACCUCAUGUCUCCUGUUGAGCCCCACCAGCAUGCCAUCCCUCCCACCCCCGCAACCAGGAACAGCCCUGCCUUCGUAACCACCUUAUUCACAUCUGUCUGCCAAUAAAAACACUCGGAGUCUC